CUCGCCAGUCUAUCGUUUCCAAUUGGCUUUCAACUAGCCGAAGAGUAAAGUAAAUAAUGGAUAUAGCCGAUCCUCCGCCCAGUAAAAGAGCCCGGAAAUCGCCCAACCUGGAGGAAGACAUCACUGGAAUCCGCGCCAUCCUGUCCGAUGAGUUCGACGAGGACAUAGCACUGAUCAAGGCGCACAGUUGCCAGCUGGAGACGAAGCAGCAGCUUCAGGCGGUCAUCCAGGAGCUCUCCCAGAAGCUGCCUCACUUCCAGCACCUGAAGCGCGUCCACGACCGCAGCGUGCUCAUCUGCCCCAGCUCGGAGAUCGGCGAAUCCCUGGAGCAGCACCUGGAAAAGUUUGGCUUCUCGGAGCACGUGCUCCGUGCCCUGUGCCAGGGAGUCCAGGUGGUGGAGGUGCCCGAACGGAUGCCCCGACUGCGAGUGCAGUACGAGAAGACCCUGAAGCACUGGCCCUGCAAGUUUCACCCCAAUCACUACUCCGAAUCUCUCCGGAAUGGCAGCAACUUCAGUUCCGCUCAGCGCAUCUUUCACAAGAGGAUGGCCCAAUUGCUCUUGAGGCUCUCCCGGGAUGUGAAUGCCAACCGACCAGUUGGAAUCUGUGUGGAUCCUCGACAACCGAACAUUGUAUCCAUAGCUGGAACCGAAGAACCCGCCAGCCCACACGAACAUUGCAGCAUGCUGCUGGUGGAUUUUGUUGCUCGAAGUCAAGAAGGCGGAGCCACAAAUACGGAGCUCCCUUUCACUGAGGAUUCCAAGGAGGUGGAGACCACUCUGAGGGGCAUUCCCAAAGCCUACUACGAUUACCUGAUAAAAGAUGAAGGGUACAAAGACCUUACACUCGGAGCGGAGAGGUCGAGGGAUUGUAAAGAAGUUAACGCCGUCCAAGGAGCAGAUAACCUGGCCAAAUUCGGACCCUAUUUGUGCACCGGCUACGAUGUCUAUCUGCUGCAGGAACCCUGCCUCAUGUGCUCCAUGGCCCUGGUUCACAGCAGGGCGAAAAGGGUGUUCUUCCUGCGAAACUCGGACAACGGAGCUCUGGCCACGCGAUUCCAGCUGCACUCGGUGCGGGAACUCAACCAUCACUACGAGGUGUUUCAGUUUACCACCAAGGAAGACGAAGAACUGACGUAA